GUACCUAGCGCUCCGUCGGCCGGGCCCAACGCGCAUGACACACUGACGGAUCAAUCGCGCCGCGAGACAUGUAAAACAAACAUUUAGAUAAAUAAUCAGUGUGGACUAUUUACGUACUCUAUUUAUUAAUUAAAAACACUAAAAUUUGUGGAUAUAACAGUCGUUCGAUACUGUCUCCAGUUUUUUGUUUUGCUAUGAUGUCUUAGUUUUGUUUUGUCUAGUGUUUUUUGUUUCAUUCCAAAGACGAAUUGAAUUCAACAAGUGAUGAGUGUUUAGUUACACAAAAUGAAACAUUAUCUAGGUAAUGUUAUCACAAAGGACUAAUAGAUCUUUUACAAAUAUUAUGCGCGAACAGUGUCAAUAAAUCCCUACACUGCGAUUGUUGUGUUUUCUUCAUCGUAUCUCAAGAAAGUGUGCCAUAUUGUAUUUACAUUUAAAAAAUGACUACAGUCGAAGAAAAACAGCCAAUCAGCCGGCCGCGGGUUAUUUUGUCUCAGAUACUAGCAUGUCUCGCACUGGACUUCUUACUGAUUGGGCUAGGUCUGUCCAUCAGUUUUGUAACAAUGGUGUUACCUGAGGUGCUCGAUGCUAAGGAGGGUCUAUCAAUCACUAAGAAACAGGCAUCAUGGUUCGGCAGCAUGGCGUUUCUCUGCCAGCCACUUGGUAGCAUAUUCUCAGGACCACUCCUGGACCACUUCGGUCGCAAGAAGGCACUGUUCCUGGUGAACAUACCUCACGUGGUGGCCUGGCUACUCAUGUACUACGCGUGGGACGUGCCUUCACUCUUCAUUGGAAAUGCCUUGCUCGGUAUAGGAACCGGGAUCAUGGAAGCCCCGUCCGUAACUUAUGUUGGUGAGAUAAGUGAUCCAUUAGUGCGAGGUAUCCUGACAACCCUGACGAAUGGGUUCACCUCGACGGGUAUUUUCGUGGCGUACCUGCUGGGGACAGUGCUCCCGUGGAGACAGGCUGCGCUCGUGGCUCUCACUGUACCACUGACUACCAUGGUGCUGGUGCUCUUUGUACCAGAGACUCCAAUAUGGCUGCUAUCGAAGGGCCGUCAAAAAGAAGCUCUCAACUCACUGUGUCGACUCCGUGGCUGGGCCAAACCAGAGCACGUGAAAGAAGAGUUUGACGAACUGAUACAAUACCACGACGCCUUAAAACGAUGUGUACUGUGUGCCAAAGAAGGAAAGAUCUUGGAACCAUGCGAACAUUACAACACAAGUUCUUUCAAAAAGAUAAUUUUUAAGAUAAAGCACAUAUUCUUCGCAAAGGAGACUAUGAAGCCGUUCAUGUUGGUGCUGGCGUACUUCUUCUUCUACACCAUGAGUGGAGCUCUGCCAGUGAGGCCCAACAUGGUGAACGUGUGCAGGGCUUUAGGAAUGAAGUAUGACCCCAAGAAUAUUGUUGUCGUCAUUGGUGCCCUGUUCAUAGUAAUAAGCUUACUAUCAGCUGCUAUCGUCAGAUUUAUCGGGAAGAGGAAGCUGGUCGUCGGUUCCAUGCUGGGAACAGCCUGCUGCAGCAUGGCCAUCAGCAUCUACGCUCGGAUGAACCUCCCUCCCACCGUCUUCUCCUACGAGAUCGACACGUUCACCGACAAGAAGGAACUAUUGCCUGUCAUUUUAUUCUUAGCACUCAUUUGCUUCAACGCUCUUGGCAUCCCUUGGGUGCUAUUGUCAGAAGUUUUUCCAUUCAGGAGCCGCGGCAUCGCCACCGCCCUCGCAGCUGCUUCAAGCUACGUCAUUUACUUUGGAGCAGCCAAAACCAACUACAAUCUCGAAUAUGCUUUCCACCUCAGUGGAGCAUUUGGUAUAUAUGCCAUAUUCGGUUUCAUAGGAACAGUAUACAUGUACCUGUUCCUACCAGAAACUGAGAAGAAGACUUUAGCCGAAAUUGAAGCGUAUUACAAAAGUGAUAGAAAAAUAUUCGCUGAUGAUUUCUUAAUAAACUCUUUUAGGAAGAAGAAAGUCGUGAGCGGAGACGCUGACAAACCGAUGCUAGUCAAAACAAUUAAUUGAAUUUCUUAGAUAGACGAAUGUUAAUAAUUAAACCUGAAGAUGUGUGAGGUCGAAGUGAAUGAAACCGUGAUAUAUUUUGUCUUGAUACUGACCGAUGUUAUAUGAAUAAUAGAGGUAAUAGUCAUCAUUUUAUCGACUGGGUUCUACCGCAAGUGUUCCAAAUGGACUUUCUUCUUUUAAUUCAACUGAUCUGAUGUCAGUAAGAGUUGUACAGGUAUUAGUAUCAAUGAAGUUGUUGAAAGAUAUCAAUUAAAUAAGUAUACGUAACAACAAAUAUUAUAUUUAGUUUAGAUGUAAGCUACUUUGGCAAAAUUGUUUCUUAUUCAAGAAAUAGUUCGUUCGUAGUACUGUAAGUUAUAGUUUUUUUUGUAUUUAUUAGUAUUUUAUUACUAGUAUUUACUGUCCCAAAAUAUUCGUAUUUUUCUUAUUACGUAUUGUUUUGCGAGAGAUGUAUCGGUUAUGCGAUAUUCUUGUUUCUACUCUUUGUUCGAUUUAUAUCAUUUAUUUAAACUUCACCAGCAUUCCACUAUUUAAGAUUGUCUCCUCAACUUUUGUCAAGAUUAUAAGUCGAAAUAUUUUUGGGAUUAGUACAGAUCAAAUGCUUGCCAUUAUAUUUAAGAUAUAGGUAAAAUGUUUUAUUUACUAUUUACCUAGUAAUGUAUGUAAUAUUAACAAUCAUGUGAACCUCGGAUCGAGACUGAUCGUGAUUUGUACCGUGGAUGGAUGUGUUACUGUAAAUACUGUUGCUCUAUAAAAUAAAUUGUUUUUAUUACCUU